AUGGCGGAUCCCAAGAAGGCCGCUGGCUCCGCCUCCGCGGGGCUGUUGCCUCCUCCUCUGCAGCCGCUUUUCAAGCAGCGGUCGUGGUCGCCGGACACGGAUCGGGAGGAGGCAUGGCAACGGCGGAAGGGCCUGUACAAGAAUCGCCGGAAGGAGGCGGCGGCGGCCGGAGGUGGCGGCGGUGGCCAUCGGCUCAGCCGGAGCGUGACGGAUGAGGAUCUCGAGGAGCUCCGAGGCUGCAUCGAUCUAGGGUUUGGCUUCGGUCUCGACUCCCCGGCGUCGUCCACCACGGCCUCUUCCUCGGACGACACGGACCGGCUCUCCGACACCCUCCCGGCGCUGGAUCUGUACUACGCCGUCCAGCGGAGCUAUCCCGGCUCCGUGGCGGCCCCGAGGGGGGUCAACGAUCCUCCUUCGGCGCCAUCGCCGGUGGACAGCCCCCUGGCCAUCUAUUCCCCAGGUAUAUGGCGAUCCUCGCUCCGAUGAUCCAGUAGCAUUCAUACAGAAUGAUCGCAUCGUUAGCCAGUUCAUAGUCGAGUCCAAUGCCGUCCGAAUGAAAACAAUCCCUCCGCCGGCGGUUUCUGUGUGUGUUGGAUCUCUUUCCGGCCAGAUCUGCGCGCAACAGGGGGCGGAGAUCCGCUCCUCCGCCUUCCCGCGGUCGUCGCCGGCGAGACACUUCCCACGAUUUCCACGACUAGUUUUUCCAAAUCACCGUAGAUAGAUUUCAUCACUGAUAGCCCUCUGAGAAUCACUCGUCGGCAUUGUUGGAUUGGAUGAGGAAGAGAGGAGAAGAUCAUCUGUUGAUCCCAGUUGAAAAACCUUCAGGUUGGUUGACAUUACCGUAUGAUUAGAUCAUCGAGGACCACUUUUAUAUGAUUAGAUUUCCAUCAUUCACGGGCAGAUUAUUUUACCGAUCGGAAGCAAUUCGGCUAAACAAUUAAUUGACUUGUUCGUUCUUCCAUGGCCAUUGAAGGCGAUAGCCCGCAGCAGGUGAAGAGAAGGCUGAAGCAGUGGGCCCAGGUCGUCGCCUGCUCCGUCCGCGUCCACUUGCCCUGA